AACAAAAAAAAAACUGAAAUAAGUUUUACUUAAAAAUAAAAUUAAAAAAUCCUUUUUUUAGUCAACAAUUAGUGGCCACUCUCUGACCACUGAUAGUGAAACAUAACAGAAGUUGUUGUCAACACAAUGGCCACAAACACAGAGUUGUCGCACGUGUUGACCAACAAAGUCAACAAAAUUGUUAACACAGACAUCGAUGAGGACACAUUGUUGGCCAUGAAAAGUGUGUCACAUCUGUUCAAAGACAAUACACUUCAUAAUCGGCGAAAUUUGCGGACAAAUAUUGAGAAGCAAAGUCUUAAGAUUAACGAAGAGUUUGUUAAUUGUUUUGGUUCAGUAAGGGAUCAGUUGAACGAUUUGUUUAGAGAUGUUCAACGAAUGAACGAUAAUUGUCAUCAAAUGAUACAACAAAUUGAGACCACAAAAAGCCAAACAUCGCAUCUCUUGAAACAAACGGAUCAAUUAAGAGAUGAAGUAAAACAAAUUGAGAUCAAAGAAGUGGUCGCCAAACGAUUUAUUGAAACUUUUCAGUUGACACCCGAAGAGUUAAUGAUAAUUAGCAACAGUAAUGAAGAUAUUGACGACAAGUUUUUUGACAUCAUUGCCAAAGUGAGACAAAUUCACGAAAAGGCAAAACAUUUGCUUACAAAUAGUCAACAAAUGACUGGCAUUGAAAUAAUGGACUCAAUGGCUCUGCACGAAGAGGGGGCCAAUGAGCGUCUCUAUCGGUGGACAUUAAAUAUAUUGCGAACAAUCAGUUCCGAUGUUAUUGAAGUUCAUCCGCAACUGUUCCGAGCCAUGGCCUGUCUUCAGGAGAGAGAAAUACUAUUUAAAUAUUGUUUAGAUGAAUACGUAACGGUAAGGCGUUCAGCUAUUGUCCGAAAUUUUAUUGAAGCUCUGACUCGAGGUCGACCUAAUAGUAACUUACCGGCCAUUGAAAGUCAUUCACACGAUAUCGUGCGAUACGUGAGCGAUAUGUUUGCAUAUUUGCAUCAAACGAUUGCUAACGAAAAAGAAAUGAUCGAUACGUUAUUGAAGUUAUGCAAAAAUGAAAUGAUGUCCACUACGACAUCGGUUACCAACUCUAUUGCGUCUAUAACUGAAGGUUUGUGUCGACCACUGAAAGUGAGAGUUGAGCAGAGCUUAAUUUCGGACCCGAAAGGUAUGGUCAAAAUGGGUCCAUCGGUUUACUAUCGCAUCAAAAACAUGAUUGGCUUUUAUUUGCAUACAUUAACUCAAAAUCAUUUGCUGACUCCCGACUCACCAUUUAUUUAUGCGCUUAAAGAGAUGCUUACACUGAGCGACAAAAUCUUUUACAAUAGUCUUAACUAUUGUUUGUCUCGAAUCGGCAGAACGUCGACCAAUGAAGUGGAAGUACCGGCCAGUGAUCUGAAGCCCACCGAAUCAGUGACCCAAAUGGUUACCGUAAUCGAUGAUGUGUUGCACUGUCAGAGCUCUUGUCUUUCAUCAGACAGUGAGCGACAAAAAGAAGUGGAGGACAUCUUAUCGACAGUUAUCGAACCAUUAACUCAUUCGUGUAUUAUCUCUGCUUCAAAACUAACGCCUAUAGAAAUGGCUGUCUUUUUGUUUAACUGUUUGUCAGCCAUUAAUCAAACCAUUUCUGGCUAUCGAUUUACUGAUCGUUUUCAAGACAAACUCCGGCUGCAAACGGAUGGUCACAUCGAGACACUGAUUAACGAACAGAUAUCACAUGUUAUCUCGUAUUUAGGUUUGGGUUCACUUCAUAACGCUAUUCAACUUAAAGAUGAAAUAACUCUUCCAUUAUCUCAAGUAUCGGGUUGUGACUCAUUGGCCAUCAAGUCUGCAAUGUUAAAAUUUGAUACAUUUAUUGCUCGACCACUGGAACUAUCACUAACACAGACAUCACAUAUGAUUGAUUUAAACGCAAAAGACUUAGUUUGGAAGCGAUCUCUUGAAGCGAUUUGUUUAAUAUAUCAACAAAUGUAUGAAUCGGUUAACAAUAGUAACAACUGUUAUGUCGAUCCAAACCAAUUGAUGACAUAUAGUGCACAACAAAUCAAAAUGUUAUUAUUAUAAGCUUUUAUAUGUAUUUUAGUAAAUAUUUUUUAAACUAUAAAUGUUAUAAAU